GACCGUGACACAAUAAGUCCUAGUCGAUCAUCAAUAAUCAGUUUAUCAGUAAACAUCUCUCCGUCUCUUGGUGUCGUUCAUCACUUUGACUUUACGUUUAAAAAGAGUAACGGGAUUCUGUAACAAUACGCGGCGGAGAUUGAACGGAGCUACCGCCGUUAGCUUUAGCUGCUGUUAGCCUAGCCUAGCGGAGUUAGCUUGGAAGUGGACCGAACCUUUCUAAGAUGGGAGCCCACCGCAGUGAGGGAGGCCGGGACUGGCUGCAGCAGGACGGGCCGGAGCAGCCUGAGCAGAGCCCGAAGCCGUGGAAUUUGAUGAUCAAACACCGACAGAUACAGAGACGAGGCCGACGCUCCCACAUGACAGUCAGCUACACUGAUCCCCAGGUGUCCAUGGACCUGCUGAGGGCUGUGCUUCAGCCCAGCUUCAACGAGGACAUCAUGGCAGUUUUCAAGAAGUAUCAAAAGUUCUUUGAGAAAGCGGCAGAGAACGUGAAGGAAAACAUCGGUGAGAGCGUUCAGACCGAUCAGCUGAUCAGAGAGGCUUCCAGGAACGUUCUGGAACAUGCCAAACAGCUGUUCCCGGAGGCAGAGGUGAAUAGGGCGAGGUCAGAGGCCGCCAUCAAGAGGUCCAGACCCGCUGCUGAUGAAGACUACAGUCAGAGAGGAAGCCCCGUCCCCAAGAAGAGACGGGCUCGUCCGGGCCCAGUGCCGGCCUCCGAUCGACCCCACAACUUUCCCAAUCAAGUGAAGCUCAAGUCGGAUCCAAUCAAGAGAGAAGGGCCGAGGUGGGAACCAUCCAGACUGAAUGAAAACAGCACGUUUGUUCUCGGCUCCAGAGCCAACAAGGCGCUGGGGAUGGGCGGAACCAGAGGACGCAUCUACAUCAAACACGCCGAUCUGUUUAAGUAUGCGGCAGAUGCGAAAGAUAAGCAGUGGCUGGCAGAGCGACACCACAUGAGAGCGACAGGGGGGAAGAUGGCCUACCUGCUGAUUGAAGAGGACAUCCAGGAUCUGUCUCGCAGUGAUGAAUACAAGGACUGUCCAGAUGUCAGGAUGGACGAGUUGAAGCCAUUCUCAGUUCCUCUGUGGAUGGUGGAGAAGAUGCAAAGAGCCAUGGAGGGUCAGAGAGACACUGACCCCUGACCCCCCCCCCCUCUUCUCCCAGUGAUCACUUGUUAUUUUUAAUGCUGUUUUUAAAAAAUAAAUAAAAAUGAAAACCAA